AUGCAAAGGGCUUUAUUGAGUUCAUUAAGAAGAUCAGCAGCUGUUCGUUCGGGUGCUAGCUCGAUGAGGGUUGUGAGACCUAGUGUAAUCGCACCAAGGAUGGGCAUGAUCCGUUUUGCCUCUACCGAAGCAUCCAAGGAAGAAGGAAAGGAAGAGAACGCUGGAGCACAAGAAUCUAAGGCUCAAGAUACAGAAACAUCAGCGGAAGGAGCCAAGGCUGAAGUCAGUGAGAUUGACGAAUUGAAGGCCAAAUUGACAAAGAAAGACAAAGAAUUGGCCGACAUGAAAAAUCACUAUGCUAGGGCUAUUGCUGAUUUCCGUAACUUACAAGAAUCCACCAAACAAGAAAAGCAAAAGGCAAGAGAUUUUGCUUUACAGAAGUUCGCCAAGGACUUGUUAGAGUCUGUCGACAACUUUGACUUAGCUUUGAAUGCUGUCAAGGAAGACACCUUGAAGACCAAUGCUGAGGUUAAAAACUUGUACGACGGUGUUGACAUGACAAGAAAUGUUUUUGAAAAGACCUUGGCAAGACAUGGAAUUGAAAAGGUUGACCCAAUUGGUCAGCAAUUUGACCCUAAUCAACACGAAGCUACCUUUGAAAUUGCACAACCAGACAAAGAGCCAGGUACCGUUUUCCACGUUCAGCAAAAUGGUUACACUUUAAACUCAAGAGUGUUGAGACCAGCCAAGGUCGGUGUUGUCAAGGACACUGAAAACUAA